UCACGUGACAGCGCCCCUGCAGCCUGGGCUCGCUCUCAGCCAUGGCCGCGGCCGGAGCGGAGCCGUGCGGGCAGCCCCUGGAGCCUGGGCGUCUGGCCGUGUAUUUCUGCGGGAGCAUACGCGGCGGGCGGGAGGACCAAGCGCUGUACGAGCGUAUCGUGGCGCGGCUGCGGCGCUUCGGGGCGGUGCUCACGGAGCACGUGGCGGCCGCCGAACUGGGCGCGCGCGGUGAGGGGGAAGAGGCUGCUGGGGGUGACAGGUUCAUCCACGAGCGGGACCUGGCCUGGCUACAGCAGGCAGAUGUGGUUGUGGCAGAAGUGACCCAGCCAUCCUUGGGUGUAGGCUACGAGCUGGGCCGGGCAGUGGUCCUCGAUAAGCCAGUCCUGUGCCUGUUCCGCCCUCAGUCAGGCCGAGCACUUUCAGCCAUGAUCCGGGGAGCAGCAGAUGGCUUGAGGUUCCAGGUGUGGGACUACAAAGAGGAUGAGGUGGAGACCAUGCUGGACCGAUACUUCGAGGCUAAUUCUCUGAAGCAGGUGGCUGCCUCCCCCAGCCCAACCACCUGACUUAACCCAACUUGAUCCUAAACCCUGCUCUGUAUCAGCCCUGUUUCUUAGUCCUAGUGUCCAAUUUAAAGUUUGUUUAUGAUUCUAA